UGCAAAAUUAUCCUAUUAAAAUCCCCACUCCCUUCUUCCCUUAAUUUCAUAAUUCAUGCUUCUUUUAGCAAAAUUUGCGAGUAAAAUUACAAAAAUCGCAGCCUUCUUCUUCUCCCUCUUUGUUCAAGCUGGUCCUCUGACUGUUUAUUUGGGUUAUACUACAACUACUUAAAUUAGGAGAAAAAUGGCGAUUGGAGUUCCAUUAUGCGUGCAGUGUGGCAAUGCUAGCAACCCCUGCAGGUGCAAGGUGGUUGGUCCGACACUUGGUUUCUUGGCUUUCGCCGCGGCGGCAAUAGUGGAAUGGCCGGUUGGUGCACUCGUUUAUUUAUUCCGCCACUCAAAGGGCCGCCGUAUCAUGGGUCAUCCUGCCACCGUGAUUUAUCCUUCAGUCACAAACUCCAUUCCUAUCUAACUUUUGUCUUCGUUUUCCACCUUUAAUAAUGAUGUGAGAAAUGUUGCUUGCAUUUGACUUUGUUUUUUCCCCACCAUAACCUGUAUUUUCAUGUUGUACGUUUGUCAGUUUUAAUUAGUACCUAGUAAAUAAAUGAUCAUAAUGUAUGAUUUGUUACUGAAUCACGUACGGUAAUGGUUGUCUGUCUUUUGUUCCUCC